AUGACAUCAACAGAGAUCAGAGAUGGCCGAACUCCACUUCAUUACUGCGCUGCAAGCAAGUUCCCGGAUGACAUGUACAAUAUUCUGUGCGAGUCCGUGGCCGACACACAGGAUUUUAGAAGAACGGGGACAAUUACAAGUCCUUUUGACAUGGAGGAAGUGGAAGACAACAAAGGCAGGACCGCAGCCGACUACAUGUCCAACCCGUCAGCCAUCAGCGUGGUCAACCGCCUCGCCACCAAGAAGGGCAGCGGAGGAUCGAAGGGCAAGAGACGCACCCCCCCGAAGAGGAACUCGCCGGGGAGUAAGAGCAGGACGCCGCCGAAGAGAGAUGGAAUGAUGAAUAUCACCGGCGCCAACAUCCGUAUCUGGAUCCACGACCAAGACCUGCCGAAGUUGGAGAAGAUCGUGUGGGAGGGCCAGGGCGACAGGCUACUGAAGGAGACCAGUAACCAUGCUAAAGUCAGGCAGUUCCUCAACCUCGUGCCCAGGAUGAUGACGAAGAUCAAGGAGAUACACAACGCCGCCAUCAACGCAGACCUGGACACUUUAGACGCCAAGUCCGACCCUCCGGAUAUCCUGACGGCGAAGGAUCACAACGGACUAAACCCGCUGCAUAAGGCAUCAGCCCUCGGCCACAAGGAAAUCGUCGAGUUCAUUGUGCAGAAGAACCAAAGCACAGUCUUCGGCCAGGAUAACAAAGGAAGAACUCCCCUGUACUACGCAGCUGUGGCCAAGGAUGGUGGAGAAGUAUACGAGUACCUACUUAACAACGGGUCGGAUCCUGUGCAUAAUGACCAGUACCGCAAGACCGCCGACCACUACCGCUGGAAGCCGAACGACCUCGAUCUCUCCGUCGUGCACGAGACCCCAGCGGCGCCUCGGGACGGGAACUACCUGGACCUCGUAGGGAACGGGAGGUCGAGGGCGCCGUCCAGGUCGAAUGGGAGGUGA